AUGCCCAAAGCAAUAACAGUCACGAAAACAAAACUAAAGCAAAGCAAAGAUUUGUGUUCUUUGCUUUAGUUUGGUAAGUCUUAAAAUCAAAAAACAAGUUUUAAGAUAAUUUGAAUAUGGAGACUGGUGUCGCAUGUUGUGCUCGUGGAGCUUUCCUUCCAAGUAUUUCAUCUCAGCAUUCUAUGACUCUAGUGUCUCCUUCAUCCAUUUCCCCAUCUUUCAACUCCAAGGUUCUAAAAUCAAGCUCGUUGUUUGGGGAAUCCUUGCGCGUGGCACCAAAAUCGUCGCUCAAGGUUGUAAAAUUGAAGAACUCUUCAGCAGUAACCAAAUGCGAAAUUGGUGAUAGCUUGGAAGAGUUUUUGAAUAAAGCAACCCCAGAUAAGGGACUGAGAGCAUUGCUGAUGUCUAUGGGAGAGGCACUAAGGACCAUUGCCUUUAAAGUAAGGACAGCCUCUUGUGGUGGAACUGCUUGUGUCAACUCCUUUGGGGAUGAGCAACUUGCUGUGGAUAUGCUUGCUGACAAGCUUCUUUUUGAGGCCUUACAAUACUCACACUUCUGCAAGUAUGCUUGUUCUGAAGAAGUUCCUGAACUCCAAGACAUGGGAGGCCCAGUUGAAGGAGGAUUCAGUGUGGCUUUUGAUCCACUUGAUGGGUCUAGUAUUGUGGACACAAAUUUCACAGUGGGGACAAUAUUUGGAGUGUGGCCAGGUGAUAAGCUGACUGGUGUCACAGGAAGAGAUCAAGUUGCUGCAGCCAUGGGGAUCUAUGGCCCUCGAACUACUUAUGUUCUUGCUGUUAAAGAUAUUCCUGGAACACAUGAGUUCCUGCUUUUGGAUGAAGGAAAAUGGCAGCAUGUGAAGGACACAACAGAGAUCAGUGAAGGAAAACUUUUCUCCCCUGGAAACUUGAGAGCUACAUUUGAUAACCCUGAAUACAACACACUAAUUGAUUACUAUUUGAAAGAGAAGUACACAUUGAGAUACACUGGAGGAAUGGUUCCAGAUGUUAACCAGAUUAUUGUGAAGGAGAAGGGUAUUUUCACAAAUGUGAUAUCCCCAUCAGCCAAGGCCAAGCUAAGGCUUUUGUUUGAGGUAGCACCACUAGGGUUUUUGGUUGAAAAGGCUGGAGGUUACAGUAGUGAUGGGCAUCAAUCUGUGCUAGACAAAGUGAUUAAUAAUCUUGAUGAUAGAACUCAAGUUGCUUUUGGAUCCAAAAAUGAGAUUAUCAGGUUUGAGGAAACUCUAUAUGGAUCUUCCAGGCUCAAGGGUGCUGUUCCUGUUGGAGCUGCUGUUUAAGUAAUUAAGUCAUCAGAGUGACAUAAAAUUCUUAUUUGUAACUUCUUCUUUUUUUGAUGGUUUUGUUUUUCUUUUAGUUGCUUUCUUCCCAAGUAUAAUAAAAUCUUUAUUAAAAUGUUUCA